AUGAGCACAAAUGUUUUUGCGCUCGCUCUUCUUAAUGGAGAUCUCACUUUGCUGUCGGCUCUGCACGGCACACAACCAGGAAGAAAUUGCGAGGGUCUCCAAUGCUUCCCUCUGUCCAAGUCGAUCAGGAAUUGUUCUCUGGAUUCACAAGAUCCCAGCGAUCGUAUCUCCUACCAACUCGACACACAUGUUCUCUCAGAGAAGGGUCUCGGAACAGAAGGCAAUUUUUGGGAGAUGACGGAAAAGAUUGACCUUUGGAGCUCGGUCGAUGCCCUCGAGUUUUUAGAAAGUCAAUGGAAUAGGAUGAUGUCAAUGUGUCUCCGGGCAGAAACUUCCAAUGGCAAUAUGGACGCGACGCUACGCGAAGACAUUGACGAACUGGCGAUCUGGGCGGCGUGGUCAGUGAUUCGAUGCCUGCAUGCUAAUACCAAGUACCCCCAACUUGCCAUGUUCCAGGCUAAGGGAAGCGGUAUUGAAUGCUUAUGUAUCUCAGACCGAUUAUGCAAGUACGGCUUCAUUUUCGCUGGCCGCCUUGAGGAUUCGGAUACUGAUGAACCUUUGACCGCUGUCUUUGACUGCGAUAACACCGGUUACAUAUUCACACCACGAAGUACCUCAUUGACCGAGCCGGUCAAAUUAGGACAAGAACCUGUAUCUUUCAUUGUAGUGAAGCAAGAAAGCCUUGCGCAGCAACAUGUUCUAUGUUGUGAAAGGCUCGUACGAGGAAUUUGGGGAGAUACGACAUCCAGCAAACCGUGCUGCUUAGCAUGGAAUAUCUAA